AUCCUGUUACGCCUCGCGCAACUCCAUCUUCCAGGAUCACACCACGCCAUCAACAUGAGUUUUUUCACUCCCCGCAACUUUGCGAUUGGCGCCGGCUCUGUCGCUGCCAUUGCCUACAUCGUGCCCAAGUUGACUGGAGGCAAGCCGAUCGAGACAUUUGGAUCGCAAAACAUCGCCGACCGAUACUCUGCCGGAGGUGGCAGCAAGACUCACCUCCCCGGAGCCGCAACACCACGGGGAGAAGGGAACCCCGAUAACGUCACCUCCAACCAAACGAACCCGAAAGGCGUCGAUACCAAACACUUCAAGGAAAACCACUCCGACCAGAAGCAGGACAACUCGCCCGCUGGCAAGGUUUGGCAAAAUUCGAUGUACGGCAACGACAAGGGCAAAUGA